GGCCAUUUCCCUAAGUGGUAACUCUCUGUCUGAGAAAAGAUGAGUAAAACUGCCAUAGUCAUGAGUGUCCUCCACCUCUCCUGGGACUGAAAAGACCUUGAAAGUGUUUUUGUCUACAGUUCUGAAGAAGAAAGAUUUUGGGCAGACCACACAGGAAACUGUUUUUCCUCCUGGUGCAAUCUCUCUCUGUGGCAUCCAGAGACUGGAAGUCUGAUGUUUUCUUUUCUUUGUAAAUGUGACACUAACGUGCGGAUGGCUGGGUUUUAGCUUCUGUGUCCAGUCCAAAGUGCCAACAGGAAGAACAUGAAAGGCUAUAUUGAGAACUGCAGCUUCAGAAAACUGAAAUCAUUUGGGAACACUUCUGCUGCCAGUUAAACCAUAAAAGAAAAGAAAGACCUUUGUUCUAAUGGUAACAACAAGAAAAAUAGCAAAAUAUAAAUACAAAUCAUAUUUCUCUAUGAAGCAGAGAAGACUGGUGGAUUGGAAGAAGCUAAAUGAACUGAAUUUUAUUGAGAAACAAACCCCUCAGGGAGGAGGAGAGAGCAGUAGCCACUUCUAUCUGUAGGUCAUUGCCAGGUUUGGAUUCAGAGUACCAUACCAGGAAUAAGGACGCUGAGAUCUGGUUGGAAUGGAAUGUAGAUUGGAAGAACCCCAACUCAGCGAAGCCAUAGUACCUCUUUCCUCACCCUACCCUUGAGAAAGAAAUGCUGGAUAAAGGCCUAGUAGGUAAAGAGAAGUCAAUCACUCAGCCUUGGGCAUUCUCUAAGUAACUAGAUUCCAGGACUUUGUGAAAUUGAAGGCUGUAGUAUAGCAAACCUGUCUGAAACUUCAGCCAAGUCUUCCAACUCAAGGGCAGACACCAUCAAAAACUAGAAGAUCGUAGAAGACAUCAGAAUAGAGUUGAGAAUUAGAUCCGUACUAAUAUAACCCAUUGGUUUCAACAAACACACCAAUGCAUUUAAAAAGGAAAAGAAAGUCUCUUUAAGAAAUGUUGGAAAAAUUUCCUUUUUCCAUAUGGAAAAAAACGAACUGAUUUCUAUCAUACACCAAACACAGAAAUGAAUUUGAGAUAGAUCAUACAUUUAAUGUAAAAGUUAAAAUUAUAUAACUUCUAAAAGAAAGACAGGUGUUGUAGGAGUCUGGCUCUCACUCAUCAUUCUUUACAGUUGUUAUACCUGCCGUGGGACAGACAUUGCACCUGUGUCCUCACCAGCUUUAACCUCUCUGUCUGUGACACGUCCCCACAUCUGGGAUCUGCACAGACAUGUAGACUCCACCCUGGGGGUAGCUACUCCACAGGAUCCAAAACUGAGCAAAGGUAAGACUUCACCUUUCUUCGGAGACACCAUUUAGAAGAUUGGAAAAUACCCUUGGGACUAACAGCCAGGAGAGAAGAAGCAUUUGCAUCAUUCCAUGAUGUCUCUGUGGACUUCACCCAGGAAGAGUGGCCGCUGUUGAGCCACGCUCAAAGGCUGCUGUACAGGUAUGUGAUGCUACAAAACUACAGCAACCUGGUCUUCCUGGGAAUUCCAUUUCCCAAGCCAACACUUGUCAUUGUGCUAGAGCAGGGGGAAGAGCCCUGGAGAGAGGAGAGAGAAUGUCUCUGUUCAGGAGAUUCAAAGCCAGAUAUUCAACUUUAUUCCUACUCUGCUCUGGACUUCUGCAAUCAACAAUCAUGCCAACAUGUGCCACACAAUUAUUGCCAUCCAUUCUGCCCAGGCUUGUUUGCAGGAACUCGCUGCCCAGCAUAUCAGAAGCAGCAGGAGCAACCACUUUCUUAUGAAAACUUCUGCGAUGACAAGUAGAAGAUGAAGACAGAGAAGAGGGUUCCAAAUCUUUGAGAGGACAGGAGGGAUGUUUACUUCUAGAACUUUCUCCAACCCACCUGAUGGACAGCUAAUAAGCUUGAGGGAAAGCAAAAGAGUGGUGGAAAUAAAGCUCAGCUCAGCUGAGAAAGCAAACCGUUUAGAAACAGACAAAGUAUUAAAGUGGGUAGAUCUGUCCAGAUUUGAAAUAGUGAGUUGUGGAAAUUAUGGGCUAGGCUUUAACAAGAAAUCAGCCCUCUUUUUUCAUCAGAGAACCCUCUCAGGAGAAAAGCCUAAUUUUUGCAAGGAGUGUGGCCGGAGCUUUAGCUAUAAAUCAGCUCUCAUCACCCACAAGAGAUCACAUAUGGGGGAGAAGCCUUAUUUCUGCACAGAGUGCGGGCAAGCCUUUAGCCAGAAGUCAAACCUAGUCACACACAAGAUGGCACACUCUGGGGAGAAACCUUUCAUAUGUGAGGAGUGUGGACGAAGCUUUAGCCAAAAGUCAACCCUCAUCAGACACCUAAGGACCCACUCGGGGGAGAAGCCCUUUGUGUGCCAGGAGUGUGGGCGGAGCUUUAGGGAUAAGUCAAACCCUAUCACACACCAAAGGAUCCACUCAUGGGAGAAGCCUUAUGUAUGCAGGGAUUGUGAGAGGCCUUUUAGAGACAAAUCAACUCUCAGCAAACAUCAGAGGAUUCAUUCAGGGGAGAAUCCUCAUUUGUGCAAUGAAUGUGGUCGGAGCUUUGGUCAUAAAUCAUACCUCAUAAAACACAAGAGAACACACUCAGGAGAGAAGCCUUUUGUGUGUCAGGAGUGUGGACGAGGCUUUAGUGAUAAGUCAAACCUUACCACACACCAGAGGACCCACUCAGGGGAGAAUCCCUAUAUAUGUGCAGAGUGUGGACGAGGCUUUGGUGUUAAGUCAGCUCUCGUACACUCAGGAGAGAAGCCUUAUGUGUGCCAAGAAUGUGGGCGAAGCUUUAAACAUAAGUCAACUCUCAUUGCACAUCAGAGGACACACUCAGGAGAGAAACCUUUUGUGUAGGGGGAAUGUGAGAAAGGCUUUAGACAGAAGUCACACCUCAUCAGUCAUCAGAGGACACACUCUGGGGAAAAGGCUUAUGUUUGCACUGAGUGUGGGCAAGGCUUUAGCCAAAAAGCGAAUCUAGUCAGGCACAAGAUGGCCCACUCAAGGAAGAAGCCCUCUGUGUGCAGGCAAUGUGGGAGAGGCUUUAGGCAGAAGUCAGCCCUCAUAAGACAUCAAAGGACACAUUGUGGGGAGAAGCCUUUUGUAUGCAGGGCAUGUGACAGAGGCUUUAGUGAUGAGGCAACCCUCAGCACACAUCAGAGAACACACUAAAGGGAAAAAACUUAUUUGCAGUAAAUGUAGGGAAGGCUUUCUGUUGGUCACUGGUUAUUAGACACCAGAGGACACAUUUGUUGUAAAUAAGCUUCAUGCACAAGGAGUGUAAGCAAGACUUUAGUAAUAAAUCACAAAUCAUACCUCAUCAUGCAAGAGGAGACAACUUUAGAGGAAAUCUCCUGUAUGCAAAGGGUGGGACUUCAGGAGUAUUGACUUUCAUCAGAGGACAGGAGAAGACCUACUUGUGUAAAGCAAUGGUUCUCAGUUAGAAGCAGCAUUACCCCUUGCGUAGGUGACAUAUGGUGAAAUCUAGAACAUUUUUUAUCGCCACAACUGGGAGGCUGCUACUGGCAUGUAAUGGAUAGAGGCCAAGGAUGCUGCUAAACAUCUUAUGAUGCACAAGACUGUCUCCCACCCCACAGUAUCCUAGCCUGUAAGACUUGGAUUCCUGGAAGGCUGGCUUGGACUCCAGGAUCCCUGCCAUUGGCUUGAAGGAAGAUUUCUUACACUCUACUUCAGCUGAGUCUCCUGUCCAGGCAUCUUGCCUUCCCUCUGUCCUUCAUAUCCAGAUCUGAUGCCUCUCUCUGCCUUCUCUGACUCUUUCCAUUAUUUUUUCCAUAUAUGGUUUUCCCAAUAGCCUCUUGUACAUCUAAUCCCAUCCUCUUUUUCAGAAGACGCCAACUCACACAAUUACAAAGUGAAAAUAGUAAAUUUACAGUGAAGCAACUUGGCCUACAUCACCUUAAGAAACAGAAUCACUAAUAUUGAAACACAUUGUCAUCAUAAGCCUCCUAACAGGAUUUACUAGAAAAGAUAUCAUGUCAUUUUAAAAAUAUAUUUCUGCCAAAAUAGGUGUUACUAAAGUCUUGUCAUGAGAAAUCAUUAGAUAAACUUAAGUAAUGUUUUACAAAACAACUCUCCCCUACUUUCCUGGCCACUAUCAGGCCAGGAAAAACAAAGAAAGGUUGAUAAACUGUUCUAGAUUAAAGAAGACUAUGGAGACAUGGUCAUACAGUGCUUGAUAUUAGAUUGGACUCUGGACUUUGAAAAAUAUAGCUACUAAUGACUACGGACUAAAGAAUAUUGUUUAAUCAAUGUUAAAUCAAUGAUUUAAUUUGAAUUAAAUUUAAUUUAAUUUCCACACUGCGGUAUGGAAAUUCCAUGUGGUCAUGGAAGUCACAUCUUUGCUUUGAAAAUACGCAAGUGAGUUUUUGGGGUUAAAAGGAUACAAUGACUCUAACUUAUUUACAAAUCAUUCAGGAAAACAAUGGUCUGAAAGUGUUCAUAGAAAAAAAUGCAUAUAUAAAAUAUAAAUACAUUUUCCAGGAGUGGGGGGGGGGGGAGAGAAAGAGAGAGAGAGAGAGAGAGAGAGAGAGAGAGAACACAAGUGGACCAAGUAUGAACCAUUGGUAAAUCCAGUAGAUAACAGUGCUUAUAUUCUUCUUGCAACUUUCCUCUUUUUGAUAUUUUAUCAAAAUAAAAACAUUAACAAAAAAAAGAAGGAAGGAAAAAAUAAAUAGAAGAAAGUAUGCUUCCAGGAUGGUGGGUUGGUUUGUGGUUGGAAUAGUCACAGUUAGAAUUACAUUUGUGACACAGCCCAGAAUAACUCAACUCCUGAAGAAAUUAGAAAGUUUACCUGCCCCAUGUCUUAACUGUCAUAUAAAGGAAAGGCCUUACAUUUCUUUGUGAAACACCCACACAUUAGUCUCCAAUGUUUUUUUUUUUAGAUACAGUGUUCAGAAUAUAAUUAAAAAUUACCAGAUAUUGAAUAAA